AUGUUUCGUGUAGUGUUAGCUGCUCUCGCCAUAAUCGCUUUAGUUAACGGUGAAACCUGCGAAUCACCAGAAUUCAAAGUCAAUUCACACUCCACAAGAGAUGCACGUUUAACAGCUGAAUCAGCAGCUCAACUAGAAAUCACUGUUAAGUGUAAGAACGGAAAACAACCAGGAACACUCUACGCAGAUAUCAAUGGUCAAGUCGUUCCAUGUGCACAAACACCAGCAGCUCCUGGAAAAUACUUCAUUGGUGUCGCAGCCAACACACACAAAGAACUAGCAUCAGGACGUACAAAAAUAAAAUUGUACGAUGAUGAUUCGUACUCUGCUCUCCGUAAAGCUCGUACAGAAGACGCAACCAAAGCUGUCAAACCAUUCGGUCAAGUUGAAUUAAAUCAUCCCGGUGUAAGCUAUGGUCCAUGGUUACCCAGUGAAUUCUUUGCUGUUUGUACUUUUGGACUUGUCUGGUGGGCUGCUUAUCGUGAACGAUCGAAAAUUCUUGGUUAA